AACAACACACACACACACAAAAAAAAAGAGAGACUUCUCUUCUUCUUCGUCUUCGUCUCCAUCUCUCUUUCAUUCAGUUUAAUGUUUGGCUCCUUUCUCCUUUUUUUUUUCUCGAUUUUAAAGAAAGUAUUGAUUUUUAUAACGAAAGGUCACUGUUUUAUCGUUUAAGAAAAGAAAAAAAAUUAAAGGUAGAAUCUUUUAUCAUCAAACCUGAACUCGAGAAGAGAGGAAAAAGGCUUCUCUGUUUUGUUUUUUUGGUGUGUAGCGCAUUUUUCGUUCUUGGGUUUAAAGUUUAAAGAACCAACCAACAGCUCAUACUUUGCUCAAUUUGUGUGGGGCUCUUUCUUUUAUACAUACGCAGAGAGAGAGAAAGAGAGAGAAAGAGAAGAGAAAGAAGAGAGAUUAUAUAGCAAUUAGACUUUUGUGCUAGUGGUGCGUGGCUCAUGAUUAAGAGAAGAACCUUAAGGCUGGCUUCUGAGGAAGACUAACAAGGGGCCAGGGUUACUACUAUUCUAAACGACGACGCUUUUGCAAUCACCACCACCACCCACAAAAAGAUUCAAGCUUUGGAUUCGUUUGUCUACUAUAGAAUUACAAAGUUUCACACAGUGGUCUGGUCUGGUCUGGUCGACUUAUAAAAAAAUUAGAAAAGGGUUUCACGUGUUUCUGUGUUUGUGAAUGUGUGAAGCACUUUGAAAACUGAGAAAAAAAAGAAUUUGAUUAUUUUAAAAAGAGUUUAUCUCUGUCUGUGUGUGUGUCUGCUGUCAGUAAAUUCGAGCUUUGAGUGGGUGUUUUGUGCAUCUCUAAGUUUUUUUUUUAAAUCUUUUCUAUGAUCUUUUUCUUUUUUCUUUAUUCAAUGUUCUCUUUGAGAUGUGAGACUCCUCCAUUACCAUUGUUUCCUUAAGUCUCUGACUCAAGAACGCUUUUUGGGAGAGUGAUAACACACACAGUUUUUAAGUCUUUUCUUUCUUGAGAUCCCUCUCUUCUAUUAGAUUUUCUCACCAUGAAGUUCAUGAAACUUGGAUCCAAACCUGAUUCGUUUCAAUCCGAAGGAGACAAUGCUAGGUAUGUAGCAAGUGACUUAGCAACAGAUGUUAUAGUCAUCAUUGGGGAUGUCAAAUUCUAUCUUCACAAGUUUCCGUUGCUGUCGAAAAGCGCAAGGUUGCAGAAGCUAAUCACAACAACAACAUCAUCGUCAUCAAAUGAAGAUGAUCAGAUUCAUCAUCAUCAUGAGGACGAGAUUGAGAUAGCAGAUAUACCCGGUGGUCCUGCUUCAUUCGAGAUCUGUGCUAAAUUCUGUUAUGGAAUGACCGUUACUCUAAACGCUUACAACGUAGUCGCUGCUCGCUGCGCCGCUGAGUUUCUUGAAAUGUAUGAAACCGUCGAAAAAGGUAACCUUGUUUACAAGAUUGAGGUUUUCUUGAACUCAAGCAUACUCCAAAGCUGGAAAGAUUCGAUCAUCGUUCUUCAAACCACGAGAGCUUUGUCUCCAUACGCUGAAGAGUUGAAGCUAACGGGACGCUGUCUUGACUCGAUCGCAUCUAGAGCUUCGAUUGAUACUUCGAAAGUCGAAUGGUCGUAUACUUACAGCAAGAAGAAGAAUCUUGACAAUGGUUUGAGGAAACCGCAGGCUGUUCCUAGAGACUGGUGGGUUGAGGAUCUUUGUGAUCUUCAUAUCGAUUUGUAUAAACGAGCAGUCGCAACAAUCGAAGCUAGAGGGAACGUUUCAGCAGACGUUAUCGGAGAAGCGUUGCACGCGUAUGCGAUUAGAAGGAUUCCUGGAUUCAGCAAAAACAGUUCUGUACAGAUCACUGACUUUGCCAAGUACAGAGCUUUAGCUGAUUCGAUCAUUGAACUGAUACCUGAUGAGAAACGCAGCGUUUCUUCGAGUUUCUUGACUAAGUUGUUACGUGCUUCGAUCUUUCUUGGUUGUGAUGAAGUAACCGGGUUAAAGAACAGAGUUGGUGAACGGUUAGAUGAGGCUAACUUGGGUGAUGUUUUGCUCUAUGAUGUUGAGUUGAUGCACAGCUUAGUUGAGGUUUUCUUGAAAUCACGUGACCCGAGAGAGGAUGAUUUAACCGCUAAAGCAUCAGUUGCAAAGCUUGUCGAUGGUUACUUAGCUGAAAAGUCUAGGGAUUCAGAUAGUUUGCCUCUUCAGAAGUUCCUCUCACUCGCGGAUAUGGUCUCCAGCUUUCCUAGACAGUCUCAUGAUGGAGUUUAUCGCGCAAUCGACAUGUUCCUUAAGGAACAUCCGGAGAUGAACAAGAGCGAGAAGAAGAGAAUCUGCAGGCUAAUGGACUGUAGAAAGCUAUCAGCAGAAGCAUGCGCACACGCAGUUCAAAACGAGAGAUUACCAAUGCGUGUGGUGGUGCAAGUGCUCUUCUUUGAACAGGUAAGAGCCAACAACAACGGAUCAUCAUCUACAGGGAACAGCACGCCAGAGAUUAUCCCGGCUUCGAGAUCGACGAACACUACUGAUCAAGAAGACACAGAGUGUUGGGACACAGAGGAUAUCAAAGCCUUGAGAGGUGAAUUAGCAAGUCUAAGACUCGCAAAGAAUCAACAGGAGAACAACAAUAACAACAAAGGGAAAUUGAUGAAAGGAGGAGGAUUGGGAGUUUCUAGAGUGUUCUCGAAGCUUUGGUCUGGUAAAGAGAGAAGUGGAGAAAUGAUGAGUAGCUCAGGGACUUCGAGUCCUGGUUCUAUUAAUGAUGACUCUAAGUCUUCUUCUUCCACAAGCAAGAAACAUUAGCCCAGGAGGAGCAAGAAGCAAGAAGCUAAGAAAAAAAAGAUGAAUUAGGUGUGCUAAAAUGUUCAUCCAAAUUACUAACUUAUUUCUUUCUUUGCUAGAGAUCCAAUUUCUCAGAUGUUACUAUUUUCUUCUCUUUGUGAUGUUCUUCUUCCUUAGUAGGUAUGGUUUUAUUUUUUGCUA